AUGAGACGCAUUGGGAAGCGUUCAGUGAGGAAGAAAGGAUACGUGACUUGUUUCACAGUCUGGAUAAGGGCGGCUUCGACUCCGAGGACAUGGGAUUUCUCAAUAACCACACCAAAACUUGGAGGAUACCGGUAUAAAACUAUUAAAUUGUCUAAUAACAGCCUUCGUCGAUUUCUUGUGGCCUGUGAUUGGGAUUUGUCGUCUGCCGCGGCGAGACUUCGGGACACGCUGCAGUGGAGACGAGAGUACAAACCCCAGCACGUUAUCUGCCAUCGGUGCAGAGAGACGCCGGGAUGUCAUUCCAUGAGACAGGUUGGGUUUGAUAAAGAUGGCCGCCCUGUUCUGUACAUGUGCUUUGCUCAGUGCUCCACGACGGAACAAACUGUAGAUGGCGCUGUUCAACACGUCAUAGCGCUACUAGAGAACGCGGCCAAGAGCUCCGACCAAGAAUCUUGCGGUUACGUCUGGGUACUGGACCUUCAAGGUUUCAAAUUCUUCUCCAGUCAAAAGAUUGCCGUUGCCAUAGAGAAGGUGGUUUCUAAGCAUUACCCAGAACUGCUUGAAGCCCUUCUAGUCGUCAACCCGGGUUUGUUUUUCCACACAGUCUGGCAUGCCAUGCGACGAUUCAUUGACCAAAACACGAGAAGCAAAAUUCAUCUGUAUCGAGAUAAACCCCGGCUUCAAGAAAAGUUCCAUAAUCUCUUUCCUUGCGAGUUACGAGAAUGGUUGUUCAAUGAGAUCAAUCUCAACCUAAACAGCCAAUAUCCAAAAGCCCAAAAAACAUUUUGGAAAUAUAACCAUGGCGACAUGCACGACCCAAGAGGAUGCGCAAGCUAUGUGCAGAAAUAUGUCGACAAUAUCACUCUGGCUGAUUAUGAAGACUCCUUUGAUAGGACUUUCCACUUGCCGCACAAGAAUGUAUUAGAUGAAGUUUUGCUUCGCGGCAAGUUUAAAGCUUGCGGUAUGAAAUAUCACUAACGGACACUAGAUAACACUGUGAUAUAUUGUUCUAUAAAUAGGUACUCACUGUGAUGAACUUGCGAACAAUGUUUAAUUUGUUAAAAAAUUAUGUACUAUCUGAAAUAAUAAAAUGUUAUUUAUUAAACAACUGUUCAGAAGGUGUUAACCUCUAUGCUGUUUAGAAGUUAUUUUGCACACUUAUAUUUAUAUUAUACUGUUCACAAGUAUCACACAUUAUUAUUAUUUGUUUUCAAUAAAGCUUUUGAAUUUAGAAUAAAUGAAAUGUGUCCAA